AUGCUAAAUAAGAUAAAUAGUGAGGUAGCUUUAGUAUUUGGCAAUAAACUUGGGGAUUUGCCAUCUAAUCGAUAUCCACCCAGCCGAACAGAACUUGAGAACCAACUUACUUGUACAAAGCAUGACCUCAAUAUUGCUUUAAGCUCAGGUAUUCAGCUUGGUACUAGAUGCAAUCUCUUGAUAAAAAACAAUGAGAGCUUUUCAGAGCAUGCAUGCCAGCUUGAAAAUGAGGCAAGAGAACUCAAAAAUCAGAUUACUUACAAAGAUAUUUCUCUUACAAGUGCUAAAAUACAAGAUGGGUUAUCAGAAAUGGAAUCUCUUAGAAAUGAAUCCGAACUAGAAAAUACCAACCUAUUUUUAGCAAAAUUGGACUUAGAAAAAACUCUGUUUAGAAAAAAAGAUGAAUUAACACAGAUAAAGGAUAAUUUAGUUUCAGCAUGA